UCUCGACCCGGGCUCGCCCCCGUGCGGCCGGCCGGUCGGCAAGCAGAGCCCCGCGCCGCCCGCCGCGCCCUCCGCGGGGUCCGCUGAGCCGCAGCCAUGGGGUGCUGGGGGCGGAACCGGGGCCGGCUGCUGUGCAUGCUGAUGCUGACCUUCAUGUUCAUGGUGCUGGAGGUGGUGGUGAGCCGGGUGACCUCGUCGCUGGCCAUGCUCUCCGACUCCUUCCACAUGCUGUCGGACGUGCUGGCGCUCGUGGUGGCGCUGGUGGCCGAGCGCUUUGCCCGGCGGACCCACGCUACCCAGAAGAACACGUUCGGCUGGAUCCGGGCCGAGGUGAUGGGCGCCCUCGUGAACGCCAUCUUCCUGACCGGCCUCUGCUUCGCCAUCCUGCUCGAGGCCAUCGAGCGCUUCAUCGAGCCGCACGAGAUGCAGCAGCCGCUGGUGGUCCUCGGGGUCGGCGUGGCCGGGCUGCUGGUCAACGUGCUGGGGCUCUGUCUCUUCCACCAUCACAGCGGCUUCAGCCAGGACCACGGGCACGGCCACUCGCACGGGGGUCACGGCCACGGUCACAGCCUCCCCAAGAGUGGCCGCACCAAGGGUGGCCGUGCCGGGGCCAGCGACGGCAACGCGGCCCCCGGAGAGCCGGGCCCCGACCAGGAGGAGACCAACACCCUGGUGGCCAAUACCAGCAGCUCCAACGGGCUGAAGCUGGACCCGGCAGAUCCAGGAAAACCCAGAAGUGAAGAUGCAGUGGAAGUACAAGUGAAUGGGAAUCUUAUCACAGAACCUGACCAUAUGGAAUUGGAAGAAGAAGACAGGGCUGGACAACUUAACAUGCGUGGAGUUUUUCUGCAUGUCCUUGGAGAUGCCUUGGGUUCAGUGAUUGUAGUAGUAAAUGCCUUGGUCUUUUACUCUUUUUGGAAAGGUUGUUCUGAAAGGGAAUUUUGUGUGAAUCCAUGUUCCCCUGAUCCCUGCAAAGUAUUUAUAGAAAAAAUUAACAGUACUCAUGCACCGGUUCAUGAGGUUGGUCCUUGCUGGGUGCUCUAUUUAGAUCCAACUCUUUGUAUUGUAAUGGUUUGUAUACUCCUUUACACAACUUAUCCAUUACUUAAGGAAUCUGCUCUUAUUCUUCUACAAACUGUUCCUAAACAAAUCGAUAUCAGAAAUUUGAUAAAAGAACUUCGAGAUGUUGAAGGAGUUGAGGAAGUUCAUGAAUUACAUGUUUGGCAACUUGCUGGAAGCAGAAUCAUUGCCACUGCUCAUAUAAAAUGUGAAGACCCAACAUCAUACAUGCAGGUGGCUAAAACCAUUAAAGACGUUUUUCAUAAUCACGGAAUUCAUGCUACUACCAUACAGCCUGAAUUUGCUAGCGUAGGCUCUAAAUCAAGUGUAGUCCCAUGUGAACUUGCCUGCAGAACUCAGUGUGCUUUGAAGCAAUGCUGUGGGACACGGCCACAAGUCCACUCUGGAAAGGAUGCAGAAAAGGCCCAAACAGUUAGCAUUUCUUGCUUAGAACUUAGUGAAAAUCUAGAGAAGAAGCCCAGGAGGACUAAAGCUGAAAGCAUCCCUGCUGUUGUGAUAGAGAUUAAAAAAGUGCCAAACAAACAACCUGAAUCAUCUUUGUGAGUCUUGAAAAAGAUGUGAUAUUUGACUUUUGCUUUAAACUGCAAGAGGAAAAAGACUCCAUUGAAAUUCUAAGUUUGCCAAGUAGUGUAAUUGAAGUCCUUGUCUGGUCACACAGUUUAACUCUAUUUUUGUAAGAACAUAAUGAGACUGCAUAACAGAGUUCUAUAUUACAACUUUGUGAUUACUAGUGCAGAAUACAGCCAUGCUGUAACAGUUUUUGAAAGCCAGUUUUAACACUAUGUUACAUUUUUGUUUAAAGUAAGUAUAAACCUUAUGACAUAAUGACAUUUGAUUUCUGGUUUUCCCAUGACAAAAAUUAGGGGGAUAAAUAAAUUAAAAUUGUUACUGGAA